CCGUCAAUAAAUAAAUAGCAAGGGUCAGAGAAACGCAAAGAACGCGAAAAAGGUAGAGGGCCUCUGCAAAGCCGCCCCCUUCCUCUCCUCCUCUGCUCCUUUCCGGUGGUCCGAGAAGGGUAUUGUGCGCCUCUCUCUAAAAGUCCUCCUUCAAUCCACCAUCCACCCGCCUGAUCGCAGCGCGCAGCGGAUAAGAGGAAGAACAAGAUGCAUUCGACUCACCUGCUCCUGGAAGAACCUAUCAGGAUGGCUUCCAUCCUGGAGCCAUCCAAACCCAGCUUCUUCCCUGCGAUGACCAAGAUCGUGGGGACGCUUGGUCCCAAGUCCCGAACCGUGGAGGUAAUCUCUGCCUGCCUCAAGGCUGGGAUGUCCGUGGCUCGCUUUGAUUUUUCAUGGGGGAACGUCGAUUAUCACCAGGAAACUCUGGAGAAUCUCAAGAUGGCUAUCAAAAGCACCAAAAAACUAUGUGCUGUCAUGUUGGAUACGGUGGGUCCAGAGCUGCAGGUUGUUAAUAAGAGUGAACUUGCAAUUUCACUCGAGGCAGAUGCAUUUGUUGUUCUGACCCCUGAUCAGGAGCAAGAAGCCUCCUCUAAGUUGUUGCCGAUUAAUUUCAGUGGAUUGUCAAAGGCUGUGAAGCCAGGAGACACAAUAUUUAUUGGUCAAUACUUGUUUACUGGAAGUGAAACUACUUCAGUUUGGUUGGAGGUAGCUGAGUUGAAAGGCGAUGAUGUUGUUUGUGUGAUAAAGAAUACUGCUACCCUGGCUGGAUCUCUAUUCACUUUGCAUAUCUCACAAAUCCGCAUUGAUUUGCCUACACUUUCUGAUGCUGACAAGGAAGUUAUUAAUACAUGGGGUGUUCGAAAUAAAAUUGACUUCCUCUCAUUAUCUUAUACGAGGCAUGCUGAAGAUGUUCGACAUGCACGAGACUUCCUCUCAAAAUUGGGUGAUCUUAAUCAAACCCAGAUAUUUGCAAAAAUUGAAAACAUAGAGGGCCUAACCCAUUUUGACGAGAUUCUACAAGAAGCAGAUGGCAUUAUUCUGUCACGGGGCAAUCUAGGAAUAGAUCUCCCGCCUGAAAAGGUUGAUCAUCCCUACUUAGCUUUUUUAGCAAUUAGAUGGAAUACAUGCAUUAUUAUUUAUUCUUUUUAUGAAAGAUGCCGAUGCAAAUAAGUAUAAUAAAAAAGAAGCCCUAUAAACAAAGGUUGAAUCUUUUGUAGCAAGCUCAAUCAUUUGAAUCUUAGUAAAAUACCAGUUUUAUUUAUUUAACAUCAAGUUAGGCCAAAUGGAAUCACUUGAUGGAAUUUCAUUUCAUUUAACUGGAUUUUGUUGAUGGUAGCUGAUUUCUUGCUCUUCUUUGUUUUUUAAUUUAAAGUUACCGCUGCACACAAGUUUUACAGUUGAUGCAUCACAAGUUUGACAACUUGUUUGACAUGCUGGUAAUUUUCUAUAUAUUCUCAGGGACACUAACGGCAUAAUAAACAAUCACUAUCUCAUAUGCAUGGAGCACUUGCACUGCAUGAAGAAAUAAACACAUUGUUGUGUAUUCAUCUAGACAUAUGACUAUGUCAUCGAGAUAUGGGCAUGGCUUUACAAGUGUAGGGAUAGGUAACAAAUUUUUUUUUUGUGUGGAACUAAGGGCAAUCAAUGAGAACCUGUACAUUUUUAACAUAUGCUCAUAGUGUUACAAGUGGAUCAUGCUUGACACUUCCUCACAGAAUUUAUAUUUUGAUACAUGGCAUGCCAGGGUUUGUAUUUUUAUUUCCUGAUCCUCUCAUGUAUAUGAUGAGUUGCUCCCUUUGCAUGUGAAACUAUUCCCUGGCAUACUGGUUGUGAAUUUACCUGAGUUAAAUGAUAUGGAGUAGAGAAUCUGUUGUCCC